GUCGCCGCCGCCUUCAAGUUCCCAGCCCAUCAUCAUCGUACACAUCCUGCUCUGCACUGUCAUCACCUUCUCUAGCUUUCUUUCCUCAUUCUGAAUACUGACACCAUGCAAGUCGACCUCGGAACGCCCGUGAACACCGCGCUCUUCCUCUACAUCCUCUACAGCGUUCAGCGCAUCGUCUUCCCCUCGACCUCCAAGCCGAAGACGGUGCCUACGGAGUUCAAGGGCGGAUACUCGUGGAAGCCAAAAUCGCACCCGCCGACGGUGGUGUACAAGACGUAUACCCCGAAGACGCUGGAGCCGUUCAAUGGGCUGGACGGGGGGCGUAUACUUCUGGCGAUCGGCGGGACGGUGUUCGAUGUGACGGCGGGGAGGAACUUUUACGGACCGAAUGGGAUGUACGGGAACUUUGCUGGGAGGGAUGCGUCUCGCGGAAUGGCGAAGCAGUCGUUCGACAUGGAGAUGCUCACACCAACCGACCAACCCCUUGACAAGCUCGAGGACCUGACCCCGGAUGAGAUAGAAAACAUGAAGGGCUGGUAUGAGCACUUCGCGAACAAAUACAUUAUCUGCGGCAAGCUCGUCAACAACGACGAAGCUUGAACGUACCAUCAUUUCCCUAGCGCACUCAUGUAUGUAUCUCGACUGUGGAAGGACUAUUUACUGGGCAGAACAUCUUUCGACUCCCGAGUCCUUUCUUGGCUCGCCGGCCG